GAUUAAAUAAUUAAAAGUUCCAGAAGCAUGCAGAAGAAGAUUGAAGAAGAACAUCGAGAUACUGAGAUUUAGAGAGGAUCAAAUCAAAAGCAAAAGAAAAAAGAGAGAAGAAGAUGAAGAAGAAUCAUGUCUAAAGCCAAAAUAAUCAAUAAAUUAGAUUAGAGAAUGUUUGAGCUUGAAGCAAUCUCCUCUUUAGGCUUUAUUGUCGAUCACUAAUUAAUCUCGAAGCAGAGCACUCCUCUGUUCCGAUGAAUGGAUCUCAUCUAAAAAAAUCAUCGUGUCUCUCUUCCCUGGUUCGAGCCGUCGAGAAGUGUGAACACAAAUGGGUUUUCUCUUUGGUUUGUUCAUAGGAAUCGCAGUUUCUUUCGGUUUGGUAGUCGCAUUUGCACGCUAUUCUAAUGUCAGAUCCACUCGUCGAGCUGAUUUGGCAAAGACCAUUGCUGCAUUUGCAAGAAUGACUGUUCAAGAUUCGAGAAAACUUCUCCCUGGAGAUUUUUAUCCUUCCUGGAUUGUGUUUUCUCAGAGACAAAAGUUAAAUUGGCUUAAUCUUGAACUUGAAAAGAUCUGGCCUUAUGUAAAUGAGGCAGCUUCUGAGCUGAUUAAAAGCAGUGUAGAGCCAGUACUUGAACAGUAUACACCAGCUAUGUUAGCAUCUCUUAAGUUCUCUAAAUUUACUCUCGGGACUGUGGCUCCUCAGUUCACAGGAGUUUCUAUCUUAGAAAGUGAAAGUGGACCUAAUGGAAUUACAAUGGAACUUGAAAUGCAAUGGGACGGUAAUCCAAAAAUCGUGUUGGAUAUCAAAACCUUACUUGGCGUGGCUUUACCGAUUGAGGUGAAAAAUAUAGGAUUCACAGGUGUUUUCAGGUUGAUAUUUAAACCUCUUAUUGAUGAAUUCCCUUGCUUUGGGGCACUUUCUUAUUCACUGCGCGAGAAGAAAGGGCUUGAUUUCACACUUAAAGUUAUAGGUGGUGAAUUGACAUCAAUUCCAGGGAUUUCAGAUGCAAUCGAAGAAACUAUUCGUGACGCAAUAGAAGACAGUAUAACAUGGCCUGUUAGGAAAAUCAUACCUAUAUUACCAGGAGAUUACAGUGAUCUGGAGUUGAAACCUGUUGGAAAAUUAGAUGUGAAGCUUGUGCAAGCAAAGGACUUAGCUAACAAAGACAUGAUUGGAAAAUCUGAUCCUUACGCUGUUGUAUUCAUUCGCCCUUUGCGUGACAAAACCAAAAGGACCAAAACUAUUAGUAACUCGUUGAAUCCGAUUUGGAAUGAACAUUUUGAGUUCAUUGUGGAAGAUGUCUCAACUCAACAUUUGACAGUAAGAGUGUUUGACGACGAAGGAGUUGGAUCUUCUCAGCUUAUUGGGGCUGCGCAAGUACCGUUAAAUGAACUCGUGCCCGGGAAAGUUAAAGAUAUUUGGUUGAAGCUAGUCAAGGAUUUAGAGAUCCAAAGGGAUACAAAAAAUCGGGGUCAGGUGCAGUUGGAGCUCCUAUAUUGUCCUUUAGGCAAAGAAGGCGGAUUGAAGAACCCAUUUAACCCGGACUACUCAUUGACCAUUUUAGAGAAGGUACUUAAGCCGGAAAGCGAGGAUUCCGAUGCUACGGAUGUGAAAAAACCGGCGACCUCGAAGAAAAAAGAUGUGAUAGUGAGAGGAGUGUUGUCUGUGACAGUGGUGGCUGCUGAAGACUUACCAGCUGUAGAUUUCAUGGGAAAGGCAGAUCCAUUUGUGGUAAUCACAUUGAAGAAAUCGGAAUCGAAAUCCAAGACAAGGGUGGUACCGGAUAGCUUGAAUCCGGUUUGGAACCAGACAUUUGAUUUUGUAGUGGAAGAUGCUUUGCAUGAUCUAUUGAUGCUAGAAGUAUGGGACCAUGACAAAUUUGGUAAGGAUAAGAUAGGGAGAGUGAUAAUGACAUUGACACGAGUGAUGUUAGAAGGAGAGUUUCAAGAGUGGUUUGAAUUAGACGGAGCUAAAUCAGGGAAGCUUUGUGUCCAUCUCAAAUGGACUCCUAGGCUUAAGCUCAGAGACGCUUCUUGAUGAUUCCUUCUCGGCUUCUUCUUCUCUCGAUUACCACAUUGCUUUACUUUAUUUUAUUUUUUAUUUUUAUUUUGUAAUUUUGUAAAGUGUGCUGAUGUUUGUUUCUUUGUGAAUUAGUAUAUGAUUAAUCUUUCUUCCUUGCCACAGAAGAAACUAAUACAAGUAUUAAAUAUACGCCUUUUGUUUUGUUUAUAUUCAUUUUACUCGACAAUUUAACUUCUUCUUUUAA